CAGCUUAUGUGGAGAAGUUGUUGGAGAAGACACCUACAAAUCCAUACACUGAAUUUAUGGAGAAGCCUACAAAUUAUGGCAGUCAUUCAGAAGAACUAUUUUCUCAUCUCAAAACUAGAUCAGUGAAGGAAGGUUUACCACGAUGUACCAGUGAAAGUCAUCUCAGCAGCCUGAAGCAGGACCUCCUAAACGAAGAGACUGAAUUGGAAGCAACACUUAAGGAAGCCGAGCUGGCAACUCGUUCUGUAGAAUUACUUUUGACAUUAUUUAAGGCCACCAUUGAAGAGAUCAGUUUUGAAAAUGCAAAUCUUUCUGCAGCCAAUUUGAAGAAGAUUUCUGAACAGAAGGAAAUAUUAACAAAAGAAUUAGAUACUUUUAAACGAGUGAAACUAACUUUAGAACAUCUUGGAAAGACAGACUAUAGACAAACAGGAGACAAUUUACCCAGCAUGUUCUUGGAAAAUCUAACUGAUAAUGAAACUAAGAAUAUUAAUCUUAAGAAGAGGAUACUUGAGAAGGAAACCUAUAUCCAAGAACUUUCUUGUUUGUUUAAGAAUGAAAAGGCAAAUGCUUUGAAAGCAAACCGUUUUUCUCAGUCAGUGAAAGUAGUACAUGACCGACUGCAGCUCCAGAUUCAUAAAAAGGAAACAGAGAAUGAUAAGUUAAAAGAAUAUUUAAAGAGCUUAGAAGCCAAGAUCGCCAAAUGGAACUUGCAAUUAAAAAUGAGUAAGCAUGAAACUGUAGCAACGAAAGAAGCAAGUAGACAAAAAACAAUAGCUCUGAAAAAGGCAUCUAAAAUUUACAAACAAAGGCUCGAACAUUUCACAGGAGAGAUUGAAAAACUUACUUCACAAAUUAGGGAUCAGGAAGCCAAGUUGUCUGAAACAAUUGCAGCUUCCAAUGCCUGGAAAAGUCAUUAUGAGAAAAUUGCAAUAGAAAAAACUGAAUUGGAAGUUCAGAUUGAAACAAUGAAAAAGCAAACCACUAAUCUUUUGGAAGACUUGAAGAAAGUGGAUGACCAUGGAAAAAAUUCAUGUGAAGAAAUUCUUAGGAAACUUCACUCAAUUGAAUAUGAAAAUGAAACUCUGAAUCUUGAAAAUACAAAAUUAGAGACUACACUUGCUGCUUUGAAAGAUGAGGUUGUUUCUGUUGAAAAUGAACUCUUAGAAUUGCAAGAAGUAGAAAAACAGCAGAAAACUCUUAUUGAAGUCUAUAAAACUCAGGUGCAAAAGUUGCAAGAAGCAGCUGCAAUGGUGAAAAGCAAAUGUGAAAAUUUGCUACAUGAAAAUAACCUAAUAACAAAACACAAAAAUAAAAAACUAGAGAAGAUGAGAGGUCAGAUGGAGUCUCAUCUGAAGAAGUUAGAGCGUGUCUGUGAUUCCCUGACGGCGGCCGAACCAAGACUUCAGGAGAGUCAGGAAAGUCUGCAGCGCUGCAAGGGGAGAUGUGCAGACCAGGAACACUUGGUUAGGGAGCUGCAGGGCCAGGUUGAUGGAAAUCACAAGCUUCUGAUAAAGCUUUCUUUGGAAGAGGAAAAUUAUCUUAUUCAGUUGAAGUGUGAAAACCUUAAACAAAAAUUAGAACAGUUGGAUGCAGAAAAUGAAGAACUUAAGAAGAAGCUGGCAAACCAAGAAGAAUGUCUUAAGCAUAGCAAUCUUAAGUUUAAAGAGAAAUCUGCAGAAUACACAGCAUUGGCCAGGCAACUGGAAGCUGCUUUAGAAGAAAGAAGACAAAAGGUUUCUGAAGAAAUAGAAAAAAUAUCAUCUAAAGAGAGGGCCUUCCAAAUUAAAAUAUUAGAUCUGGAAACUGAGCUUAGAAAGAAAAAUGAAGAACAAAAUCAACUUGUUUGCAAAAUGAACAAUAAAGCACAACAUCAGGAAGUGUGUUUGAAAGAAAUACAAAAUAGUCUUGAGAAGUCGGAGAAUCAAAAUGAGAGUAUUAAGAAUUAUUUACAGUUUCUUAAAACUUCUUAUGUAAAAAUGUUUGGAUAGGUUGUCAAUUUUA